AGUGCGGAUUUGCUACCCGUGCCGAGAGGAGCUCGCACCAAUAUAGCCAUACCCCUCGCUCUUGUGUUUGUCACUCUACCAGACACAAAACAAGUCCUCGCGUCGCGUUCGGCCGAGACUCUCCAUAGCCUUCCAACAUUUGAAUUUCCCGCGCUCAACGAGCCCGACUCUAACUACCCUCUCAAUUACUCGUUUGUUCGCGAGUGGGGCCAGCACUCUGUCGAAGUUCACGGCUAUCGAUCGACCCGCUCACGAGGUUACGAUACAUAUCCAUAGACGGCAGUGUGUUUACAGCGCUCGCUCGAGGAACAUCACGAAUUGCCGGCCGGCGUGUUAUGAGAACAGUCUGCCGCAGCAUUAAGAUCGGAGCGCAACCUGCGAAGCUACCAAGCAGCUGAGCAUCAGAGGUCCGCCGCUCGGAGCUACUACAUCGCACCGGACGAAGGCGACUCGUGCGCAUCAUGAUGAACAAUGGCAACGACUACGAUUUCGGAUUCAACGCCACCUGGAACCGGGCGACCAAUUUUUUCUUGCCCGAUGCAAUCAACGAAUUGACAAAUAACAACCACUACCUGGUCAACAACCCGCCAUGGCAGCCGUACGCGGCGUCCGGCUACUCGUCGAGCACGAGUCCGCCGAACUCGAGAUCAUCGUCCGUGAGCUCCAACCCAACCCAGAGCUAUGUCCGUUCUACCGAGGACCUCAACGCCGAAUCGCUGAUCACCAGCCUCCUGCAUAUCAUCGGCGGCGAGGAAUACGGCAGCAACAAAGAGCUCAGACAACACUCACCUCAGAGCGUCAACGAGACGCGCUGCCGCGAUUGCACCGAUCGUUCGCUCUGCGACGCGUGCACGACGCAAUCGUUGCAACUCGUGAGUUUGAGUCAACUCUCCAUUAACUCCCUGUGCGUGAACGAGCAGUUGAUACUCCAUCCGCUGGCCGGGGAGGCCCUGUCGCCGGCGAAGAAGCGCUAUCACAACCCCACCUCGAUGAUGCCCUUCUUCUGCGAGAUGCACCGCAACUCUCAGAGAUUCUACUGUAAGACCUGCAGCAGGCCCUUCUGCGCCGACUGCGGAGUGCAGAUGCACGCGGGACACAUGACCGCCCACAUCAGGGAAGUCCUCGAUACCGCCGCGACGGAGGCCACUCAGAUCAUGCACGAGGCCAGGAUCGGAAUAGAUUCUCUCCGAACGGAGCUCUUAUCUGCCGAGGCUGCAACCGAAAUGCUGAACCAGAAGGCACGCACGGCGGCGACCGACGUCAUGAUGUGCACCAAGCGUCUGAUCGGUGCGCUGGAGGAACGCGAGAAAGAAUUGCUGGAGACUAUCGAAACCAUGCGUAUGACCAAGUACAUUGCUCUCAAGGCAAGAGAGGAAAUAUUGAGAAACGGCUUGAACCGACUGAGCCGUGCACUUGAAAGGCUGAACGAACUCGUGGACACGUCGACGAUGGCCAGCAACCCCUUCGACCUCCUCGUCACCAAAGAUGUCGCUUCAGCUGAGGUCUUUCAGGUACGUCACGCCAAACAGUAUCUGGCACAGUUACCCAAGGAGAGCUGGAUCUCAUUCGUCAGUGGCGAAGAUAGCGUUAUCAAGACCAUCGGAAAUUAUGGAAACGUCACCGACAACAAUCCUGGAUCCAUCGGCGAUCGUCGCACUGUACGCGGACGUGGCCAGAACGGUGGUACUGUUUCCCCGAGAAAUGCUCCACCGUUCUUCCAGAACAAUGCUCUACCGAUCAUCCAGGCGCUAAAUACCAACCGUGCGCCGAAUCUCAACCACAAUGACCAGUAUAACCACAUUCCUAUGCUGACUUCCAUACCACGCGGUUGUGCGGUUCCUGCGGUCAACUUCCGUGUCACUGUGCGCUCUGGUCGAUCCGGCCAAUAUCCUAAUGGUCUCUUAAAACCCGUCAAGUCCAUCGGCUGCCACUCCCCCGUGGAGACAGACAACCUCUGCAGACCCUGGGGUGUCACUUGCGACAAGGAGGGAAACAUCGUAGUCGCUGACAGAUCCAACAACCGCAUCCAGAUUUUCAGACAGGAUGGAAGUUUGAUUAGGAGAUUCGGUAAACAUGGCAAGGGACCAGUAGAAUUUGACAGACCAGCCGGUGUAGCUGUCGAUGGACGCAGACGUAUUAUCGUCGCUGACAAAGAUAAUCACCGCAUUCAGGUGCUGACAAUUGAAGGACAAUAUUUGCUGAGCUUCGGCGAAAGAGGCAGCCGUUGCGGUCAGUUCAACUAUCCGUGGGAUGUCGCGGUCAACUCCGAGUGCCAGAUCGCCGUUUCGGACACGCGCAACCACCGCGUUCAGCUCUUCAGCGCCGAAGGUAUAUUCCUGCGCAAGUAUGGCUUCGAGGCAACACCCAACGUGUGGAAGCACUUUGACUCGCCACGUGGCGUGGCCUUUGAUCCCCAAGGCAAUCUUAUUGUGACCGACUUCAACAAUCAUCGGGUAGUCAUGGUCGAGCCGGACUACUUGAACGUUCGUGUUGUGGUCCCCGAAAGCUACAAUGGCGUCAAACAAUUCCUGCGACCCCAAGGCCUAAUCGUAGAUGACGAGGGUAAUUAUAUAAUUUCCGAUUCGAGGCACCACCGCAUACAGAUCUUCAAUUCUGCUGGAGUACUCAAGUGGAAAUACGGCAAAUACGGAACGGGUCUUGAUGAAUUGGACCGUCCAUCCGGUAUUGCUCUGACUCCCGAUGGCCGUAUCGUCGUCGUAGAUUUCGGUAACAAUCGCGUAAUGCUCAUCUAAACUACGCGAAAUUUUAAACUUCAAUUGUGUAGUUGCGCUCUUCGAGCGCGAGCUCGUGCACGAAUCCUGGACGAACGAAACUUUGAGUAACGUCAGGGUGGGGGGUAUAGGGAGGAUCUAGAGCAGCUUGUCUUUUGUCCGCUUUUUACGUAACAAUGUCUUGCCUGGCUCAGAGCUCAAAUGAAAAAGACAAACAAAGAAGAUGAGAAAAAUGAUCACGUAGAUCCGAGAAGCAAUAUUUUCAUACUUAACUGUACAUAAAAAAAAUAUGUUGAAUCGUGCGUGUAUAAAGUCGUGUUCGAUAUAAAAAAGUAAUGAUUUUUUUAGUUUUAAACUUGCAAUAUAUAAUGACGGCGCGUCGUCCAGGAUUCGUUAAAGUGAUGGGCGGGGAAGCUCUUAAUCUAAUUGGCUGUUGUAAAGUCGAGUCACACUCUAAUACAGUAUUAGCUGUUUUUUAAUCUUUAGUGAGAAUACGAUACAUGAAGAAUGAUUUUUGAUGGAAUCAAAAUAAUGACAAGAUUUAAUACUUUCUAUUUAUUGAAUCAUAGUGAGAAAGCGUUCUGACAGAGGCCAAUCCUUUGGUGCUUGAGUUGGCUGAUUUAGAUUUUACGUAAUAGUUCCGUUUUUUUUUUCUAUAAAACUGAUCAUCGGUGAACGAGCACCGAUUUGAAUUUUAAAAGUUAUUGAACGUUGAUGAAAAUCCGGCUGAAUAUGCUAAUAUCACGACAGUGCGGCGGAUUUUAUAAUUUUUUUUUCUUUUUUUUUUCUUUUAAAUGUGACGAUAAAUUAACGUCAGUGACAAGGCAUAUCAUCUUGUUUUUUAAGGAUUAUUGUGUGCAUCGUGUUAAUCGUUGCAUUGAUAACAUAAAGAAAAAAAAUUAUGUGAAGAAAUUCUUAAUCGUAGAUUCUAAUCUAUAAAGUAUAUUUAACGGUGUAGACGUAAUUGAAAUAAUAUUUGUCUCUAAACUCCCCGAACCUUAGGGGUCUAAAACGCGGUGUAAACUUAGAAUGACGAUGAUUGCAUCGAUGAGUCCAAAGGAUACAGAGCUGGCUUUUAUUCGAAGGAGAAUGUUUAGGCUAAAAGUAGAAUGAAACAAGAAUUUUCAAAAUGCGCGCAACAGUUCGUAUUAGAUCAAAGUGUUGUAGAAAUUAAGAAAGAAGAGAUCGGUCUCAUUUGACAUUUUUCCGAAAGACUUUUUCACACUACUGCUUGUCGUCGUGGAUCAAUCCACCCUCGACUCUUAAAAAAUUUCUAACAAACAUUCUUAAUUGUUGCAUCCGUGUCUUUUUGUUCUUAUUGUAGACAAUCGUCGGUACUUCCUUGACUGACAUUUAAUUGAAGACUUUGCGACCUUUAAAUUCGCCUUUUAAGUAACUUUUUUUAGUAACCACAAUGCUUUAUUAACUAUAUUAAUUAACUUUAUUAAAUAUAUUGAUUUCAAAUCAUUAAAAUAAUUCAGGUUAUAAGAAAUUAAAAGUGAGAAAAUUAGGUCAAAUUGAGGUUUAAUAAAUCAUAAACAAAUCUCCUAUUGCUAAUUAUUGUUUUAUCAGGAAAACUUAGUGUGUUGACAUAUUUGUAGAUUUUUAGUUGGAAUGGCAAUUAAAUCCUUUAUAUCAGGAAAAAUAUAUUCAAAAUUUUUAAAUUAAAAUAUUUCUUGGAAAUAAUUUUAAUACAUUCUUGAUUAAGUAUAAUGUAAAUGUUAAUUGUCUUUGGAAGAUAAAAUCUUUCAAAAGUAUUUCAGAUUUCUUUUUUUCUUUCAAAAUUUUUAAAAUAAUGACACUGAUUUGCAUCUCUAUACAAAGUAAGACUGAAUCAAGACUGAGUACAAGAAUGCCAAGCUUUUUUGUUGUAUGUUGUCCAACACACUAAAAAUACUACGAACAGUGGUGUAGAAAAUAAUCAUUAAACGAAAAAGAGUGAAAUCACAUUAAAAAAAAGUUUGAAAUCUCUUUCUGUUUAAGAAUUGUGUGUAAUUAUAUCGUAUAUUAUAAUGAUUAUAUUUAGGUACUAGAUACUUAUCGUAAUUUUAGUCGAUUUGGAUGAAUUAAUUAAAGUCUUCUCAUUAUUAAUCGUAAUUGAUAGACUCUCUGACAACGACGAUAACCUAUAACUCUUUAAAGGAAACUCAACUUUAUACACACAACAAUAAGUUCAGAGCUCAAUUACAAUUACAUAAUGAAUUUUUCCUGAGUUUCCUUUUAAGAAGAAGAAGCUCAAACCAAAGUAGUUAUGCUUCAGACAACAUCUCUUAAUUUUAUCACAUUUCGUUCCGAUGUCCAUAAAAUUUAACAAAAAAAAAAAAAACGAUAAAGUGAAAAUGAAAAUACGUAAGGUCAAGAAAGUGACUUUUCGUAUACACACAAGAAGCAUUGUAGCACAAAUCAAAUAUUUACGCUUAAGAUCAUGACAGGUUUCGAUCUCUUCGCUAUUAAUGAUAAACUAGUCACAUUCCAGAACAGUUAUAAAUCUGUUAAGCUUUAAAUAACAGUGAUUCCAAAGCAGAUUGUAAUCUAUUAUAUAAAAUAUUUUUGUUAACUACAUUCUUUCUAAUCGAAGACGCCAGCAAGAAUCUCAUAGAAUUGUAUAGGGUUGUCCGUUUUAAAAGUAGCAUACUAAAAGUUACUUGUAAAGUUGCUUUGAAAUAAUUUCAUCAACUCAGAUAUUAUACAGACUUAACUUAGAUAUGAAUUUGAAGAAAAGUAUCUUCUCAAGAGCUGUUUCUUCUUUGCCAAUCAUUUUGUGAUCUUUGCUUCUUCUAUGGAGAGUAAACACAUUUAGUUCAAUGAGAAUUCCUUUUAUUAUCAAAAGUAGCAUUAAACUCUGUUAACUCGUAGACUACCUUUCUAUGUAAGAUGUUGCGAAACUCGUACAAGGUAUAAUUUUUCUAAGUUCGGGCCUGUGAAUGAAGUUGACUUUCAUAUGGAUCACUUAUUUAUAUGAAUUGUCUAUAUACAUUGUACAUGAUAUAUAUUUCACCUCGUUGCUCAUAAUCGUUGAAUGUUUUAUAAAAGUGAUCAUUGCAGAGUAUACCUGGCAAUGCAUUUCGAAUGGAUAUUUAGAUAAGUUUCACUUUUAGAUAAUAGUUAACGAUUAUAACAAUUUGACACUGCUGACGAAAGGCUUAAUUCUUGAAUUUGAGUCAACUUCACUCUUCUGGUGUACCAAACAACGACACCGUACAAACUCUAUACAAAAAUAACUCUACACACUACACAAAAUAAUUCUACACAGGAAAUAACUGCAUGGAAAAAUUCUACACAGAUAUUUACUGCGCGGAAAUUCCCUACACACAUUUUCGGUAAUUUUACUACACCGCAAAACUCUACACAAUCGUAUAACCUAUUGUUCUCAACAAUGUAUAACAAUAGGUUAUAUGAUUGUGUAGAGUUUUGCGGUAUAGUAAAAUUACCCAAAAUGUGUGUAGGGAAUUUCCGCGCAGUAAAUAUCUGUGUAGAAUUUUUCCGUGCAGUUAUUUCCUGUGUAGAAUUAUUUUGUGUAGUGUGUAGAGUUAUUUUUGUGUAGAGUUUGUACGAUGUCCAAACAACUCUGAAACUCGAUAAAAAUCAAUUGUACAAAACAAAUCUUUAUUAUCGUCAUAAGGACUCUAGUAUCCGACGAGCUGGAGUCUAAGAAAAUAAAAUGCGAACGGGAAUCGGCUCAAUGAAAAUUGGUUGUAGAGUUAUGCAAAACGAGAAAGCGGUAUGAUUUCGCGUCUACGAGCUAAACAAUACAAAGAUUGUGAUAAAAAAACAAAAACAAAAAUAAGUAACGACCCAGUCUGCGAAUGCCCGAUUUUAGUUGCGACCUGAGUAAUUUGUAACUUUUGGUUAAGAAAUUAGCGAAGAUGUUUCGCGCCUUUGGCAUGUACAUAGAACUCAUUUAUAAUUGUGUAUUUUAGAAAGAUCUUUAGGCUGUAACGACUUAAAAAAUGUGAAAAAGAUAAAAAUUAUGUGGGUCAAUUGAAAAAUGACAUUAUACAAACGAAUAAAACAGUCGCUGUCGUGUAAAAAGAAAAACUAUAAACAGAGAGCUCAGUAUUUAUGUAAUUUUGUAAUAAUCUACUCUGGCAUUCGCACGGCUUGACGAGUCAGAACUGUACUUAUAGCUGUGCUUACUUUAAAUCUAUAUUUUACUGUGCUGUCUUGAGAGAAAUAUUAACAGGCUUUCGAAUCUUGGAGUGCGUGUAUUUUUGCAUGGCUGAUUCUUCGUGUUAAAAGAGACGUUAAAAGACAUCUGAAUUGCACAUAUAAAAAGUUCAAAACUAUUUUUUAAAGUCCUAUGCGAUCGUUGAGAGAACAGAAAUGAUGAAACCGAGUCAUGACGAUGCUUCCAAAGCCUUUUCUUCAAGAUUCGAAGGCAGUUUCGUGCUCAUGCAAAGACACUAAAAGAAUCGUAUGAAGGCUUUAUCGUAAAAAAAAAAACGGAAAUAAUACAAAUAAAAAAAAAAGUUAAAUUACUUUAACGAAAAUGUACAAAGCUGACGUGGUGGUUUGUCCAGUUAGCGGAUACGAGUUUUUCAGCUUUGCUGAUAUUUAGAUGAAUCAGGAUACAAUGAUAAAAUUUAGUAUGGUGCAAGUACACUGCGUACACUUGCGUUCGUUCAUCCUUAUUUUCCAAAAUAUAUAGACAAGCAUUAUAAUUAAUGUUUGUCUAUAUAUUUUGGAAAAAAUAAGGAUAAAGAGCGUGGAACAGAAAGAACGCUAGAAAGAAAUCGAGCGAAAAAUAACGAGGAAUGGAUAAAGAUACGGUAGAAUUUAUUGUUAUUAAUGAUGCGGCACCGUAGCACGGACCUUUCGAGGACAGCCGCCAUCGUUUUGUUUGAUAUCGCUGCUUGAUUCUGCAAAGUGCAAGUAAGGAUUAGAUAUACAGAAACGGGAAGAUAAGCAAAGUAACGCAAGAAAUAACACUAUUAAAUGAUACAAAUUUAAAUGAGAGAAACUUUAUGAUUGAUAAUAACAAUAUAUUAUGCGAUGUAGAUAUAUUAUUAGAAAAAAAAAUCGAGCAAUACUUUCCUAAGCAAAGCCAGAUAAACUCGCAAGAUUAGAAAAUGUGCGAGGGCAAGAGGCAAAGUAUAGUUAGCGAAAAAAAAAUGGCAUAUUCAUAUAUAAUGCGAUAGCGAGAAAGAGUGGCAUUUUAAAAAUGUACGGUUUUGAAAAUCAAGUUGAAGUGUUUUUAAUAUAUUAAGCCAUGAUUUUCGGAUAUUCUUUUGGCGAGUAGUGUACGCACAUGAAUGCCGUCGAACUGUAUCAACGGAUAUGUUUUUGUUAUUUUUUCUUUAAAUAUGCAGAGUAAGACUCAAAAAAAUCUUGUUGCGUUGUUUUCUAUUGAUUCUUAAUGAGAUAUGAAAUAUCGCUAAGUCCGUUGAGGCAGUUCGAGGUUCGAAAAUGUUCGAUGUACGAAAAUAACGAGAGCUCGCCUUAAACUUUCCAAUAAUCUUAUUUUAUUGUGAAUUUCUACCUACUUGCGCAAUAGAUAGAGAUAUUUUUUAAACAUUUUUUCGACACUUCGCAUUUAUUUUUUAAGUUAUAAUAUAUAAGUAUAUAUCAUUUCAAUCGUUAUACAACGAUUUUGUGUGCGUUUAGAUUUUAAGAUGACAAAAAGAAAAAGAAAAAAAACAGUACCGUCAGUCUUUGAAGGCCAGUAAUAGUGAAGCUUAUAAUUCUUUGAUGACAACAUAUAAGCUACCCGAUUCAUUUGACUGUACGCUUAUUAUUGCGUCUCAAUAUUUUACACAGUUUUUAUUUCUUGUUUUAAAGCAUUACGGCCAGUAGUUAUCAAAAUCUCAUGAACUUCCGUUUUUAAUAAAUUGUUUUCGCCUAAAAUUAUUGUAAACUGACGCAUAUUUUUAUUAUAUAAUUGGUACGAUUAUAUUAUUAUGGUUACGAUUAUUAUAUCGAUAAAUAGAAAGUUUAAGAAUUUGCCGUGGAAAUCGACACGUCGCUCAUUUUAAAAAUAUAAAUGAAUAAUUAAAAAUAAAAUUGAUGAUUGUCAAAUUGUACCUGCGCGUAUAUCGAGACGUGUCUCCUCGGCGUAAAAGAAAAAAGUUCCUAAUAAUUAAUUUUGAAUAGAUUCGGAAUCGAUUAAUUAUGAAUAAAAAAGUUUAUGCACUCGUACAUUGAUUACGGUAAAAAAGUAUGAUCCAAGAUUAUGAGGUAUAUCACAAACACGCGCAAACACUGUUAUAUACUUACGUCGAACAUCAUUCCCCUUUAUAAUUUGCGUUGCAUGAUAUAAGGGUGCGAGAGUUAUGUAUAUAUAUAUAUAUAUAUGCAGCUCUUAAUAUGAUAAACGUUGUAGCAGCGUUAAGGUGAUAAUAAAUUAACGAAGAUCAUCGAAAA